UGCGCAAUACGUAAAGGGCCCCACACACCUCGUUCUUUCUCGACGUUUUUACCCGACGGGUAAAACUGUUGGAACGAUGGAACGAGAACUGUUGAGCCUACACACCUCGGGUAAAAUUGUGCCAGUUUUCAAAGAUGAACCGUAUACAGUUGUUGGCAGUGGCAGCGGAUGUAGUUGUUAAAAAAAAGGAAGCCACGAAGAAAAGAUCACGGUCCAAAUGGACCAAGGAAUGGCUACUCAAGCGAGGUAUGUUGUCCCAUAUAAAUUUAUUGGAGGAACUAAGAUUGGAGCCAGGAGAUUGGCAUAAUUAUCUUCGUAUGGAUGAGGAAACCUAUCUAAAACUUUUAAGAUUGGUAACACCGUUAAUUAAAAAAAGUGACACUCAUUUACGGCCGUCCAUUAGCCCUCACGAGCGCCUAACAUCAACAUUACGAUUUUUGGCCACUGGCCGAAGUUAUGAAGAUCUCAAAUUUUCUGCAGUUAUUUCGCCUCAAGCACUAGGCCAAAUUAUACCAGAAACUUGUGAUGCUAUUUAUAGUGUACUGAAAAAUGAGUACUUAAAGUUUCCAAAAACGGAAAAUGAUUGGAAAGCUAUAGCGAGAGAGUUCGAAGACAAAUGGAAUUUUCCUAACUGUCUCGGAGCCGUGGACGGGAAGCAUGUCCAGAUCGUACCACCUCAUAAUAGUGGUUCCUAUUUCUACAACUAUAAAUGCAGUCAUAGUCUCGUGCUAUUAGCUGUUGUUAAUGCAAAUUAUAAAUUCAUUUAUUGUCAUUUUGGAACAAAUGGCAGAGUAUCUGACGGUGGCGUUAUAGAGUACACAACUUUUUAUGACAAGUUGAAAGACGGAACAUUAAGGAUACCACUAGCAAGUGAACCAAAAAACAGUGGGCGUCUCCUUCUAUAUGUAUUUAUUGGGGAUGAAGCCUUUGCUCUUCGCGAGGAUUUUCUGAAGCCAUUUAGCCAAAAACAACUUAAUAGUGAAAAAAGAAUAUUUAACUACCGGUUAUCCAGAUGUCGACGAAUUGUCGAAAAUGCUUUUGGAAUUUUGGCCGCCAGGUUUAGACUAUUUCAUACCGCCAUUAAUAUGAAAUUAGAAAAUAUCGACAAAGUGUUGGCUUGUUGUGCGCUGCACAAUUUUUUACGAGAAAGCAGCAGUGAUUAUUACAGCCCACCAACUUCUUUUGACAGUGAAGAUAUAGAAAGGGGUGAAAUCCAACUGGGCUUACGGCCUGAACCAAACAUUUUGGUGAAUUUGCAAAGCAGCCACAACAGAAAUGCUACAGACAAUGCCAAACACGUUCGCGAACAAUAUAUGCAGUAUUUCUGUAAUGAGGGAAGUGUCCCUUGGCAAGAAGCCUUUAUUUAA